AUGGAGUCUUUCUCAGCUGAAAGCAAUUCCUCCGACCUACACUUCCAGUCUCCCAUUGAUUCCCAGCCUCCCAUGAUUCUCUCUAUAGUCAUUCUCAGCUUCACCUUCCUGCUGGGAUUGCCAGGCAAUGGACUGGUGCUCUGGAUCGCCGGCCUGAAGAUGCGUCGCACCGUGAACACGGUUUGGUUCCUCAAUCUCACACUGGCAGACUUUCUCUGCUGCCUCUCGCUGCCCUUCUCCGUGGCUCACCUGGUGCUCCAGGGGCACUGGCCCUACGGCUGGCUUCUCUGCAAGAUCAUCCCCUCUGUCAUACUCCUCAACAUGUUCGCCAGCGUCUUCCUGCUGACUGCCAUUAGCCUGGACCGCUGUCUUUUGGUGCGCAAGCCCAUCUGGUGCCAGAAUCACCGCAACGUGAAGACGGCCUUCAUCAUCUGUGCUUGCAUCUGGACCUCGGCCUUUGUCAUGUGCAUGCCCGUGUUCAUAUACCGGAACACAUUCUCUAUGAACAACCACAGCGUAUGCAGCUACGAUUUUGAUGAUUACGACUCCUUAGAUUAUUCAGAUUUCCCCUUCCACCUGUUAAGCAAUGAUUCUGGGAAUUCAGACCCCAUGGCUCAGCAGCUUGGAGAGACCAACCAGGAGUUGGAGUUGUUCUCUCUGCAAACACAUGAUCCCCCUUGGACAACAGUCCUUCCUGAUGGCCCUUCUCCAACAUUUCAAAGACUCUCUGGAGGCCCAGGCCCUCUGAAUCCAGCUCAGUCAUCUGGUCAACCUCCAGCUCCCAAUUCUUUCCAACCUGCUGUUGGGGUGAUGUCCCCUGCAGUUCCCAGUGGCUUUUCCAGAGACCAUCACAAAAGGGACUCGCUGGAUGCUUUCCCCUCUCCAGAUGUACCGCCUUCCCAUGCAGAAGGCUCUGAGCUUUGGGACUACAUGCAGGGUGAUUACAUGGGCCAUUACACAUCUACACCCCAAGUGGCCAUCACCUUCUCGAGGCUUAUAGUGGGCUUUCUGCUGCCCUCCAGCGUCAUGAUGGUGUGUUACAGUCUCAUUGUCUUGCGCAUGCGACAGGGCCGCUUCCACAACUCUCGCAGCAAAACCUUGCGUGUCACCAUGGUGGUGGUGGUGGUUUUCCUGGUCUGCUGGGCACCGUACCACAUCGUGGGUGUCCUGUCACUGUAUACUGACCCGUAUUCUGCUUUGGGAGAAGCUCUGUCUUUCUGGGACCCUGUGUCUAUUGCCCUUGCCUCAGCCAAUAGUUGCUUCAACCCCUUCCUCUAUGCCCUGCUGGGUAAAGAUUUUAGGAAGCACGCUCGGCAGUCCAUGCAGGGCAUUCUGGAGGCCGCGUUUAGCGAGGAGCCCACCCACUCUACUAACUGUGCCCCCAACAAAAGCAUUUCAGAAGGAAACAGCACCAAUACAGAAAAAAGAAAAUGGGGGCUCACCCAGCAAACCCACCAAGUGUGCAAUAUGAGUCAGGAAAAGACCCAACCAAGGUGCAUCAGAAACCUGGUGCAUCAGAAACCAGCCAUGAAUCAUUCCAAACUUCUCCAAAAUAGGGUGGUCAUGACUUACAGCGUGUUAGAAUGACCAGUAUGGAGUCCCCACAUCCCCACCCCUCAUCAAAAUCUGUGGGUCUGGUGCCUGGAAAGUAUUCGCAACACGCUCUUAUAUCCAAUAAAUGCUCGAUUUCAAAA